AUGCCGCCACUCAAUGACAGUGAGCAACGUCAGCGUAUGCUCACAGCUCUCAGGCGCCAAAUUCACAAUCUCCGCUCCCACCCAGAGAACCGCUCGCUGGUAAUUGCAAGGCUGAACGCAAUUUCUCGUCUGGCACGCAUAUGUGCACAGUUCGGGAAGGAUGCUCGUUUUACGCAGCUUUGUAACACUAUCCAGAGCGGUAUGCCCGGACAAAUCGGUCUGCUCAAGAGUGACAUAGACUGUAACGUUAUAGUUGCAGAUGCUCUCGAUCGAAUGAUUCUUGAAUCUUCCUUGUUUCCUCGUUCUAUCGCUGUUGUCAAUAGAGCCGAUGAGAAGGUUGACGAAGUGGCUGACCAGGAGGCUGGUGUAGAGUCUAGUGAAGAGGAAAGUGAGAUGGAUUCCAGCGAUGAUAACUAUAUCGCACGAUUGCUCCUUGGUUCGAGCUGGGCUAAACCGAUAGUUGAUUUUCCGGAGGAGCCAUAUGGGGAAAUUGGGGUGUCUGCUACAGACGGCAGUGAAUACGAAGGUGAGAUGGAUCCCAGCGAGGAUGACUAUAUUGCACGCCUGCUCCUUGGUCCGAGCUGGACUACACCGAUUGCUGAUUUUGCUGAGGAGCCAUAUGGGCGGAAGAAGGCGUCGGGUAAGUGA